AUGCCUGCUCGCGACAAAUAUACCGAACCCCAGCUUCGCGACCAAAUCAAAGAAGAAAUUCAUGCCUCUGACAAAGGUGGGCGACCAGGCCAAUGGUCUGCUCGAAAGGCACAAAUGAUGGCAUCCGAAUACAAAAAACGCGGCGGUUCCUACACAACAGACAAAGAAACAGGCCAAGACGAAUCACAAAAGCAUCUAUCAAACUGGACUGAAGAAAAAUGGCAGACGAAAGAAGGAGAAGCGAAUGCUACGAAGUAUGAUGGGACGAAAAAGAGAUAUUUACCGAAAGAGGCGUGGGAGAAGAUGAGUGAGGAGGAGAAGGAGGAGACUGAGAGGAAGAAGGAGGAAGGGGAGAAACAAGGGAAGCAGUAUGUGGGAAAUACGGAGAGGGCGAGGGAGGAAAGGAGGAGGACUAGUAAGGGUGGUGCUGGGAGUAAGGAUAAGGAUGAGGGUAAGGAUGAGGAUGGUGAGAUUGAAGCGAAGGAUGUGUCAAAGAACAAGAGGGCCGGACCGAGAAAGAAUAAAGAUGCUGACGCCAAGAAUGAAUCUGAAGAUGGCGAUAAUGAAGAUGGCGCACAACACGAAGAGGAAGGAGAAAACGAGGAAGACGUGCAAGAGGAUGGUGAUUUCGUCGAAGACGCCGAAGCAAAUCAAGAUGAUGAAGAUGACGACAUCGUCGACGGUGACAACGAAAAGGAAGAGCCACAUGGCCAAAAAAGGGUUCAUACACGGCAAGACGACAAGACGGAGAGUAAGAAGCAAAAGACAACGUCCAAGAAUGAAGAAGAUGGGGGUGAAGAAGAAUAA